AUGAGGAUGGCGAAGUUGGAGCCUAACCUCAUUCAGCUACAGCGCUGGGAUCAGCGCGUGCGAGAAAGGCGAGCAGUGGGAGCGGGCCCUGACGCUGCUCAGCGAGAUGCGGGAGGCGAAGGUGUGCCCCAACUCAGCUACUGCGCUGGGCUCAGUGCGUGCGAGAAGGGCAAGCAGUGGCAACGAGCUCUGGCGCUGCUGAGCGAGAUGCGGGAUGCGAGAGUGGAGCCCGUCGUCAUGUCGUACAGCGCAGGGAUCAGAUCGUGCGGUAAGGGCGAGCAAUGGGAGCGGGCCCUGUCUCUGCUCAGUGAGAUGUGGGAGGCGAAGUUUGAGCUCGACGACGUUAGCUGUCAGGCUGGGAUCAGCGCGUGUUCGAAUGGUGGGCAGUGGCAACGAGCCCUGUCGCUCCAGAAGAAGAUGUCGGAGGCGAAGAUGGUGCCCGAACCCUACUCACCUACAACGCUGUGGCAAGCGCGUGCGAGAAGAGCGAUCAGUGGCAGCGGGCUCUCACUAUGCUCAGCGAGAUGUUGCAGGCGAAGUUGGAACCCAGCGUAUCAGUUACAACGUUGGGAUCAGCGCGUGCACCGUGGGUGA